AUGGCCUGGAGGUCCUCCCAGUGUGGACGGCCCAAUGGAGGCGUUUUCCACAAUCAUAUACUGAUUUUAAAACUGGAAUUCUCAAAACAACAUGAACUUUUUCUUACAGUAACUCACUCUCUGAAGUAUUUCUACGCUGCAUCCUCUCAAGUCUCAAACUUCCCAGAGUUUGUGGUUGUUGGAAUGGUUGAUGAUGUUCAGAUCAUUCACUAUGACAGCAACACCAGGACAGCAGUGCCCAAGCAGGACUGGAUGAAGAAAGUCAUUGAUGAUGAUCCAGAGUACUUCAAGAGGAGCACCAGGAUCUUUACGGGUCAACAGCAGGACUCCAAAAACAACAUUGACGUACUAAAGCAACGCUUCAACCAAACUGGAGGUUUGUUCAUGUUUCAUGUUUUGCUGAGUGUGCUGCAAUCUUUGUGCCUCUCAGGUGUCCAUAUUUACCAGGUGAUGUACGGCUGUGAAUGGGAAGAUGACACGGAUGACGUUUAUAGUUACAGACAGUAUGCUUAUGAUGGGGAAGACUUCAUAUCAUUGGACCUGAAGACAGAGACAUGGAUUGCUCCAAAGCAACAGGCUUUCAUCACCAAGCAGAAGUGGGACAAUAACAAAGCUCGAACAGUAUACUUGAAGAACUACCACACCCGGAUUUGUCCUAAGUGGCUGAAGAAGUAUGUGAACUAUGGGAGGAGCUCUCUGAUGAGAAAAGAUCUUCCCUCAGUAUCUCUCCUCCAGAAGACUUCCUCCUCUCUGGUCACCUGCCACGCUACGGGUUUCUACCCCGACAGAGCCGACUUGUUCUGGAGGAAAGAUGGAGAGGAGCUUUAUGAGGACGUGGACAGAGGAGAGAUCCUCCCCAACCAUGAUGGAACCUUCCAAAUGAGUGUUGACCUGAAGAUUUCAUCAAUCGCUCCUAAAGACUGGAAGAAGUACGACUGUGUGUUUCAGAUGUGUGGUGUCAAAGACAACGUCAUCACCAAACUGGACAAAUCAAUGAUCAGAACCAAUAACGGUAAGACUGAAAUCAGACGUGAUGAAGGUGACAAAAACACAUGUAAUUUUCUGCAAUAAUCCUGCAGUUCAUGUAUUUUUAUGUGUCUUGGAUGGGACUUCUUUUUCCUCACUUUGUCUUUUGGUUAAUUUCUUU